AUGGCUCUGACAGUGUGCGUGCAACAACUAACAGGGCUAUCUGGCACCCACGACCGACAAGUGAAGCUCAGCUUUCCAGGCUUUACCCAGAAAACAAGAAAAAUUCACUGUGGUCAAGAAGCCGAUAUUGGUGAGCUGUUCCACUGGCUCCACUAGGAGGCUCCACUGGCUGGGGAGUGUCUGUCUGUGCAGGUGGUCAACUGCAGCCGUGUAUUCAGCCCCAGGCCCUUAGGGACCCUGGUGAUCUCCCUGCAGCAGCUACAGAAUGCUGGGCAUUUGGUGCUACGGGAAGCUCUAGUGGAUGAGAACCUUCACGUGUCCCCGAUCCAGGUGGAGCUUGACCUGAAGUACCAGCCCCCAGAGGGCGCUACUGGAGCCUGGGCAGAGGAGGACUUUGGGGCACCCAUCCAGGACAGCUCGGAGUUGAUCAUCCGUAAUGUGGACUUCCAGGAACUGGAGCCUAGGGAGGCCCAGCUGGAGCGGCAGGCAGUGGCUCUGGGCCACAGGCUAGCUCGAAGCCUAGGUUGGCAGGAUGAUGAGGAGAAUGAGCUGGAGCUGGAGCUGGAGCAGGACCUGGAGGAUGAGCCUGAUAUGGAACUUUCUGGCGUUGUGUUCAGUCCUCUCAAGAGCCGCACCAGGGACCUGGCCCGUGGGGAUCCCUUCCAGAUGUCCAGAGCUCAAGACUUCCAGGUGGGAGUCACGGUGCUGGAGGCCCAGAAACUGGCUGGAGUCAACAUUAACCCCUAUGUGACUGUGCAUGUUGGGGGGCAGCGCCGUGUCACCGCCACACAGCUUGGAACCAAUUGCCCCUUUUACAAUGAGUACUUCUUGUUCGAAUUUCAUGACACCCGGCUUCACCUCCAAGACUUGCUGCUGGAGAUCACGGCUUUCCAUUCGCAGACCCUCCCUUUUAUGGCCACCCGGAUAGGCACCUUCAGGAUGGACCUGGGCAUCAUCUUGGACCAGCCAGAUGGCCAGUUCUACCAAAGAUGGGCUCCGCUGCAUGAUCCUCAGGACACCCGCGCCGGGGCCAAGGGCUUAGUUAAGGUCACCUUGUCCGUGAGGGCGCGCGGGGACCUGCCCCCUCCAAUGCUACCCGAGGCCCCCGGGCACUGUUCAGACAUCGAGAAGAACCUGCUCCUGCCGCGCGGGGUGUCCGCGGAGAGGCCGUGGGCGCGGCUCCGCGUGCGCCUGUACUGCGCAGAGGGGCUUCCCGCGCUGCGCUCUGGGCUGUUGGGCAGCCUGGCCCGCGCCCUUCACGACCAGCGCGUCCUGGUGGAGCCCUACAUGCGGGUGUUUUUUCUGAGACAGCAGGGCGAGACGUCUGUGCGCGCCGAGGCGGCGGCGCCCGAGUGGAACGAGCAGCUGAGCUUCGUGGAGCUCUUCCCACCGCUGACGCGCAGCCUCCGUCCGCAGCUAAGGGACGAUGCGCCCCUGGUGGACGCGGCCCUCGCCACGCACGUGCUGGACCUGAGGUGGAUCUCCCACCCGGGCCGCGCGGCGGGGUUUAACCCCACCUUCGGCCCGGCCUGGGUGCCCCUCUAUGGCUCGCCCCCCGGCACAGGGCUCGGGGAUGGUCUUCAAGGUCUCAACGAAGGCGUUGGCCGAGGCAUUUGGUUCCGAGGCCGCCUUCUGCUGGCUGUGUCCAUGCAGGUGCUGAAAGGGAGAGCUGAACCUGAGCCUCCCCAGGCCCUGCAGGAAUCCAGGUUGUCCCGGCUCACCCGAAAGAAGAAAAAGAAAGCCAGGCGGGAUCACACCCCGACGGGGGUUCUUCAGCACGUGGACGCCAGCCCCGGUGCCGAGGGUCCUGAGAUUCCCAGUGCCAUGGAGGUGGAGGUGGAGGAGCUGCUGCCGCUGCCAGAGAAUUUCCUGGCGUCCUGUGAAGAUUUCCUGCUUUUCGAUGUACUCUUUGAGGCCACCAUGAUCGACCCCGCCGUGGCCUCCCAGCCCAUCAGCUUGGAGAUCUCCAUUGGUCGUGCAGGCCGCCUGGAGGAGCAAUUGGGCCGAGGGUCCAGAGCUGGGGAGGGAACUGAAGGUGUGGCGGUGGAGGCUCAGCCUCUACUGGGAGCCAGGGCAGAGGAGGAGAAAGAGGAGGAGGAGCUGGGGACCCCUGCUCAGCGACCUGAACCCACGGAUGGCAGCGGGCCAUACUUCUGCUUGCCCCUGCGUCACCACAAGCCGUGUGUGCACGUGUGGAGUCGCUGGGAGGAUCACACCUGGCGACUGCAGAGCAGCAACUGCGUGCACAGAGUGGCUGAGAGGCUGGACCAGGGACUGCAGGAGGUUGAGAGGCUGCAGCGCAGGCCGGGACCUGGUGCCUGUGCACAGCUCAAGCAGGUGCUGGAAGAGCUGGUGGCUGGGAGCAGACAGUUUUGCCACAGUGCUGAGCGCAGGGUGAUGACCCGGCCCAAUGCCCUGGAUCGAUGCUGAGGGAAACUCCUGGUGCACAGUCUGAACCUUUUGGCUAAGCAAGGACAGCGACUUCUGCGGGGCCUGAGACGGAGCAACGUGCAAAAGAAGGUGGCAUUGGCCAAAAAGCUCCUGGGAAAACUGCGCUUUCUGGCUCAGGAGGUCUCCAAAGACACAGUUCCUGUCUUCCACCCCCAGGACUUGCCGGAGCAGCCUCACUUGCAGCCCCCACUCAGCAUCCUGGUGAUUGAGCGCCGGGCCUUUGGCCGCACAGUCCUUGUGGUCCACAUUGUCCCCCAUAUGCUGCGAUUCACAUUUCGGGGACACGAGGAUUCUCCUGAGGAGGAAGGAGUGAUGGAGGAGACAGGGAAUAUGAUGCCCAAGGGACCGCAAGGACAGAAGUCCCUGGAUCCCAUCUUGGCUGAAGCGGGUCUAUCCAGACAGCUCCUGAAGCCUCAUCUGAGGAAGCUCCGCCUAGGAGACCUCUUGAAUCAAGGCCCUGAGCUAGAAGAGGACAUCCCAGAUACAGAAGAGCUCGACUGGUGGUCCAAGUACUACGCAUCACUGCAGGAGCUCCAAGGGCAGCACAACUUUGAUGAAGAUGAAAUGGAUGAUCCUAGAGAUUCAGAUGGGGUCAACCUCAUUACUAUGGUUGGGGAGGCCCAUGACCAGGGUGAGGCUGAAGUUAAAGGGGCUGUGUCCCGAAAAAAAGCAAUUGCCACCCUGAAGAUCUACAACAGGUCCCUGGAGGAAGAGUUUAACCACUUUGAAGACUGGCUGAAUGUAUUUCCUCUGUACCGAGGGCAGGGGGGCCAGGAUGGAGGUGGAGAAGAGGAAGGAUCUGGACACCUUGUGGGCAAGUUCAAGGGCUCCUUCCUCAUUUACCCUGAAUCAGAGGCAGUAUCGUUCUCUGAGCCCCAGGUCUCCCUGGGGGUUCCACAGAACCGACCCAUCAAGCUCCUGGUCAGAGUGUAUGUUGUAAAGGCUACCAACCUGGCUCCUGCAGACCCCAACGGCAAAGCAGACCCUUAUGUGGUGGUGAGCGCUGGCCAGGAGCGGCAGGACACCAAGGAGCAUUAUAUCCCCAAGCAGCUCAACCCCAUCUUUGGAGAGAUCCUGGAGUUAAGCAUCUCUCUCCCAGCUGAGACGGAGAUGACGGUGGCCGUAUUUGAUCAUGACCUCGUGGGUUCUGACGACCUCAUCGGGGAGACCCACAUUGAUCUAGAAAAUCGAUUCUAUAGCCACCACAGAGCAAACUGUGGGCUGGCCUCCCUGUAUGACGUGGAUGGUUACAAUACCUGGCGUGAUGCAUUCCGGCUUUCGCAGAUCCUGGCGGGGCUGUGCCAACGCUGUGGCCUCCCCGCCCCUGAAUACCGAGCUGGUGCUGUCAAGGUGGGCAGCAAAGUCUUUCUGACACCACCUGAGACCCUGCCCCCAGGCAGCAGAGGCCUAAAGGUGGUGAGUGGGGACCCUGAAGAGGCCCAGGCAUUGCUUGUACUGCGGCGCUGGCAGGAAAUGCCGGAUUUUGGGAUCUAGCUGGUACCCGAGCAUGUAGAAAUACGUCCUCUCUACCAUCCCCAUAGCCCAGGGCUGCUGCAGGGAUCUCUUCACAUGUGGAUUGACAUCUUUCCUCGAGAUGUGCCUGCCCCACCCCCAGUUGACAUCAAGCCUCGGCAGCCAAUCAGCUAUGAGCUCAGAGUUGUCAUCUGGAACACGGAAGAUGUGGUGCUGGAUGACGUGAAUCCACUCACUGGAGAGAUGUCGAGUGACAUCUACGUAAAGAGCUGGGUAAAGGAACUGGAGCAUGACAAGCAGGAGACAGACGUUCACUUCAACUCCCUGACUGGGGAGGGGAACUUCAAUUGGCGCUUUGUGUUCCGUUUUGACUACCUGCCCACGGAGCGGGAGGUACCCUUCGCCCUGGAGGAGGCAGAGUUCCGGCAGCCGGCAGUGCUGGUCCUGCAGGCCUGGGACUAUGACUGCAUCUCCGCCAAUUACUUCCUUGGAUCCCUGGAGUUACAGCUACCAGACAUGGUGCGUGGGCCAGUGGUGAAGCUGCAGGAGGCAGAGGACGUGGAGCAGGAGGCGCAGGAAGCUCAGGCUGGCAAGAAGCGAAAGCGGAGGAGGAGGAAGGGCCGGCCAGAAGACCUGGAGUUCACAGACACGGGUGGCUAUGUAUACAUCCUCAUGGGCAAGGUAGAGGCAGAGCUUGAGCUGCUGACCGUGGAGGAGGCAGAGAAACGGCCAGUGGGGAAGGGGCGGAAGGAGCCAGAGCCUCUGGAGAAGCCCAGCCGCCCCAAAACUUCCUUCACUGACCUGUGAUCACAUGCUGUCCAGGGCCGGUUCCUCCAGGUGGCAGAGAACAGAUGUUCUUGGGUGACCUCAGAAGCUGGGGGCUUUCUUGAAGAAUGCCCAGGGAUAGAAGGCUGCCCCCAUCCCCCACAGGGAAGAAAAGGACCCUGGCAGCCAAGUUCUCACACCCUCUGAGCACCUUUGCCACUGCUCCUGCUCCUGCCAGCGGCCAGGUCCCUCUCACCUAAUCUGUUUCUAGCUUCCACCGCUCUAGGACAGCUAAGGACUUGACAGACCCAUUAACCACCAUCCCUGAGAGAGGCUGACAUCAAAGCUGCAUCUUGGGUCUGACUCCAGAGGUUCUGCUGUCAUUACCCGACUUCGCUUCCUUUCCCCUCUUUGCUUUUCCCUUACAUCAACAUUCGAGAAAUGAUCUGAUAAACUGACUGGUGAUG